GAGGGCGCUGUUCACAUGCUCCGUUAGCGCAUACCCGAGCGCAGUCGGCUUGUUUACUUGACGCAUUUAGAUAGAAAUUUGCGAAUGUAGCUUUCAGUCAGUAUUGACACUUAUAGCAGUGAAUCGUGGCUAAAGCAGAGAUACCGAAAAGGCUGAGGAGGUUUCGGUGACCGAGCUGACGGGGUGACACUCACAGAGGUGGGUUUCUGCUGGAACUGGAGGGGAGUGUGCUCCAUGUUAGACUGGCGGACCUUUAUAGUCUAUAUCGACCACAGGGAACAGCAACAGAAUGUCUUCCAUAUUUAAUUGGAUCUACAGAGGAUUCAGUAGUGUGUUGCAAAUAUUAGGACUGUAUAAAAAGACGGGAAAACUGGUUUUCCUUGGAUUAGACAAUGCAGGAAAAACAACAUUAUUGCACAUGCUUAAGGACGACCGACUCGGGCAGCACGUGCCGACACUGCAUCCGACUUCGGAAGAGUUGACCAUUGCUGGGAUGACAUUCACUACGUUUGACCUGGGUGGGCAUGCACAAGCAAGAAGAGUUUGGAAAAAUUACUUACCAGCUAUAAAUGGAAUUGUCUACCUUGUGGAUUGUGCUGACCAUGAGCGCCUAAAUGAGGCUAAAGUCGAACUAGAUGCCCUGCUAACAGAUGAAACCAUAUCCAAUGUGCCAAUCCUUAUUUUGGGAAAUAAAAUUGAUCGACCAGGAGCAAUAAGUGAAGAUGCACUGAGAGUAACAUUUGGCCUGCAUGGACACACUACUGGGAAGGGGAAUGUGGCACUAAAAGAGCUGAACAUGAGGCCAAUGGAAGUUUUCAUGUGCAGCGUGUUGAAAAGGCAAGGAUACGGGGAUGGUUUCCGAUGGCUUUCUCAGUACAUUGACUAACUGGUUAAGACCCAAUAGACACUCCAAAUCUGCUUGACCCUAUUUAUUAAAGGUUUGACUCAGGAGAAAUGAAUUAUUUAAAAUGGAAAUAAAAACAGACAGUUAUUCUA